AUCUUGUCAUCAACAACGAGACGUAUGCGCACUGUACAAAAUGUUCAUUUUCUUGUGAUUCUCGUGACUCGAUUCCACUUAUUGAUUCGUUUUAACAGUGACAGCAUUUACGUCAGUGUGAAAUCAGCCUUCGAUUUAGAUACCUCGCCCAAAAUAUUAAAAAUCAAACUUGAGUGAAUUAUUACUUUUACAUUAAUUAACAUCAUCGUCGACGUCGUUCUCAACGACGAGGCGAUUAAAGACUGAGAAUAUUAUUUUUCAAUAUUUAUAUUUUAUAUUUACAUAAACCCGGCAAUCGAAAUUCAUAAAAAUGGGCUCGCUUUUUCGAAGUGAAGAAAUGACCUUGUGUCAGCUCUUUUUGCAAAGUGAAGCAGCUUAUGCAUGUGUAUCUGAACUUGGAGAACUUGGUCUUGUUCAAUUCCGUGAUCUGAAUCCUGAUGUAAACGCCUUUCAAAGGAAGUUUGUAAAUGAAGUACGGCGGUGUGAUGAAAUGGAACGUAAGCUUCGUUAUUUGGAAAAAGAAAUUAAAAAAGAUGGAACACCAAUGCCUGAUUCUGGAGAAAAUCCUGAAGCACCACAACCUCGUGAGAUGAUUGAUCUUGAAGCAACAUUUGAAAAAUUAGAAAAUGAGCUUAGAGAGGUGAACCAAAAUGCAGAAGCUCUAAAACGAAAUUUUUUAGAGCUUACUGAAUUAAAACAUAUUUUGAGAAAAACUCAAGUAUUCUUUGACGAGCAAGAGCACGCAGGCUUGAACCCCACCGAGUCCAUGACACGCGCGUUGAUUAGUGAUGAUAAUAUCGCCCGCCAGUCCGCCCUUGGUCCUGUCCAGUUGGGUUUCGUCGCUGGAGUUAUUUUACGAGAAAGGAUUCCAGCUUUUGAACGUAUGCUAUGGCGAGCAUGUCGAGGAAAUGUUUUUCUUCGUCAAGCAGAAAUCGAUUCUGCAUUAGAAGAUCCAUCCACAGGAGAUCAAGUUUUCAAAUCAGUUUUUAUUAUUUUUUUCCAAGGAGAUCAAUUGAAAACUAGAGUCAAAAAAAUAUGUGAAGGCUUUCGUGCUACUCUUUAUCCAUGUCCUGAAGCACCUGCUGAUAGACGUGAAAUGUCUAUGGGUGUUAUGACUCGUAUUGAAGAUUUGAAUACCGUUUUAGGACAAACUCAGGAUCACCGUCACCGAGUACUUGUAGCUGCUGCAAAGAAUAUCAAAAAUUGGUUCAUCAAAGUUCGAAAAAUUAAAGCCAUUUAUCAUACAUUGAAUCUAUUUAACUUGGAUGUUACCCAAAAAUGUUUAAUCGCUGAAUGCUGGGUUCCAGUUUUAGAUAUCGAAACUAUUCAGCUGGCUCUUCGACGUGGAACUGAACGCAGUGGAAGUUCCGUACCGCCAAUUCUAAAUCGAAUGGAGUCAUUUGAGGAUCCACCAACAUACAAUCGUACCAAUAAAUUUACAAAAGGAUUUCAAGCAUUGAUUGAUGCAUAUGGAGUUGCUACUUACAGAGAAAUGAAUCCAGCUCCUUAUACCAUUAUUACAUUUCCAUUUUUAUUUGCUGUGAUGUUUGGUGAUACUGGACACGGUUUACUCAUGUUCCUUUUUGGUCUUUGGAUGGUAUUAAAAGAAAAGCCACUUACUGCACAAAAAUCAGAUAAUGAAAUAUGGAAUAUUUUCUUCGGUGGUCGAUAUAUUAUCUUCCUUAUGGGUUUAUUCUCCAUGUACACUGGUUUUAUUUACAAUGAUGUAUUUUCCAAAUCCUUAAACAUUUUUGGAUCUUACUGGGUAGUCAACAAUGAUUGGCAUGAUAUUCAUACCAACAAAUCAAUAUCAUUAAACCCUGGGCCUGAUUACUUACAAUAUCCUUAUCCAAUUGGUAUGGAUCCAGUCUGGCAAUUGACUGAAAAUAAAAUCAUCUUUUUGAAUUCUUAUAAAAUGAAGAUAUCAAUCAUAUUUGGUAUAAUUCACAUGUUGUUUGGUGUUCUUGUGGGUCUGAAAAACCAUCUUUACUUCAAAAAACGUCAAAAUAUCAUUUGCGAGUUUGUACCACAAGUCAUUUUCCUGACUUUCUUAUUUAUGUACAUGUGUUUGUUAAUGUUCAUCAAGUGGACAUCAUAUUCAGCUGUCAAUGAAGAAAAAUAUGGCCCUCAUUGUGCUCCAUCUAUUUUAAUCACAUUCAUUAAUAUGGUACUAUUUAAAUCCCCAAAUGAGGUGGAUUCAGAAAAUGCAAAAAAUGAUCCAUGCAGUGAAUUCAUGUUUGCCGGGCAGUUUGGUAUUCAAAGAUUCCUGGUUGUCAUUGCAUUUCUUUGUAUACCUUGGAUGCUUUUAGCAAAACCUAUUUUGUUAAUGCGUAGUAGAAAACAGCAUUAUCAACUUAAUAAUCAUGGACAAGAAAAUGGAGAUGUUGAAGGAGGAGUUGGUGCUAUGCAACCAAAUCAAGGACUUGCAAUGGGACACAAAGAAGAAGAAGAUAUAAGUGAAGUUUUCAUUCAUCAAGGAAUUCAUACCAUUGAAUAUGUUCUUGGAAGUGUAUCACAUACUGCUUCUUAUCUUCGUCUUUGGGCUUUAUCUCUUGCUCAUGCACAAUUAUCUGAGGUUUUAUGGAACAUGGUGAUGAGAAAUGGAUUAGUUCAAGAAGGUUGGUUUGGAGGCAUAUUUUUAUGGAUAGUUUUUGCUUUUUGGGCUGUGCUAACAGUAGGAAUCCUUGUUCUUAUGGAAGGACUUUCAGCUUUCUUACAUACUCUACGUCUUCAUUGGGUUGAGUUCCAAAGUAAAUUUUAUGCAGGUUUAGGAUAUACAUUUACUCCAUUCUCUUUCGAAAUUAUUUUAGAAAGUGCUCAAUCAACACCAGAAGAAUAAAGAUAUUAAAAAAUAAUAUUAUCGUAUUAAUAUUUAAUCUUACUGAGCAUUAAUAAUAUAUACACUUCUUAACAUUUACAUAGUUAAAGUCGAGUUAAGUAAAAAAUAAAAACUUUCACUUUAUUUAAACAAGGUAAUAUUAAAUUUUGUCUCUAUUUUAUUAUAAAUCUACAUAGAAAACUCUAAUGUAUUUAAAACCAACUGUACAUGAAUUUAAUUAAAAAGUUAAGAGGUGGCAAAUAAUAAUUGUUAGAUCUGAAUUUUUUCAAAAGAGCAUGAAAAUAUGUUUAAAAACGGCAUUAUGUACGUUAUUGUAUCCUAGCAUUAAAUAAAGAAUCAAUAAAUGAUCUAUAAAAUUC